AUGGACUAUCUAGUUUUCAGAUACUCCGAUCCAAAAGAGUCAGAAAAGGCAUAUAGUGACCUUAUUGAUGUUCUUUCAAAAGAACCUCUUGCGAUUAACUAUUUUAAUCGCCAAUGGAGGCCAUAUCUCCAUUUGUGGAUGGCGCAGUACCGUGGUGAUGGAGAUUCAACAAACAACAUCUCGGAGAGCCAUUUCAAGCAGCUGAAACAUUCAUUCUUUCUUGGAAAGAAGCAUAUGUGUGUUGAUGAUUUUUUCCUUAAUAUAUUCACAAGUGUAAUUCCAACAUUUUUAAUCAAAGUUCAUGCUGCAAAUAAUGACAAAAGAAAACAAACAGUUAAUCUUCUGCAAAAAGCUCAAGAAGAUUCAAGAUAUGAAACAGAAAUUAUCAGAGACGAAGUCUUAAGGCAAUUGAAGUUCGUUUGCGAAGUUGUUGAAGAAAGAGGCAUUGAACCAGAGCUCAUCUCAAGAUAA